UCUAGAAUGGCAGUAGGCGUAACGGCAUGGUCAAAGACAAUCAAGAAAGAGAUGUGCGAAACAGUCCGGGAAAUUUAGAUAAUUGUGAAAUGCGAUGUCACAAGUAAAGAAAGCGCUGCAUGGCGUGCUAACAAUGCUAGAUACAAGAGUGUAAACAUAAGUCAAUUCAUAAUAUUUUAUUCUGCAGUGUAAGGACCUAUCUGUAGAAUAUACAUCAGUAUUUAUUGUGGACAGUGGAUUACUGUUUACAGAACUUUCUGUGAUAAAAAUGAAGCACAUAUAUCAAAAGUAAAAGAAAUGGGCCUUCUUACGGAUCCCGGGGUUGGACGGGGCAAGGUUGUAAAACUUUUAAUAAAGCACCACGAUAAGGUGUGUGCCUUAUCAUACAUAGCUGGUGUUUUGUGGUUUGCAAGUUUGGCACAUGACAAUUUUAAUGCAGGGACAUAUUUCUCAGAAAAUGCAUUACUUCCUGGAUUGGUCAAGGGAGAUUAUGAAGAAAGGCUUGUCGCUAGAGAGUACUUGAAAGAACUAGCUGAUGAAGCUAUAAGACAUCCUGACAGUAUUCCGUACUCUUGGCUGUUAGCAAAAUUUGGACAGCUUAAUCUUGAAACAUAUACCCACAAUUUUACUGUGCAUUAUCCUUUAAUUCCUGGAACUAAAUACACAGGAAAGAAUGUGUAUGCUAUAUUACGAGCACCAAGAAGUGCUAGUACGGAAGCUUUGGUUCUGUCUACCCCCUAUCGCCCACCUAAGAGUACAGAAGCUACAACCAUGCCAUCUGUUGCACUCAUGUUGUCACUUGCCAAGUUUUUCAGGUGGCAGAAGUACUGGGCAAAGGAUAUCAUCUUCUUAGUAACAGAACAUGAACAACUUGGGGUGCAGGCAUGGUUAGAAGCAUAUCACAGAACAUCCUGUGGCCACCCAGGGGUUCUGGAACAUGGGGACAUGAUGGGAAGGGCAGGUGCAAUACAAGCUGCAGUCAACUUGGAAUUACAUGCUGAGAAGAUAGGCUAUGUUGAUGUUAAAGUGGAAGGUCUUAAUGGACAACUUCCAAAUUUAGAUCUUGUAAAUCUUAUCCAUAGGAUGUGUGCUAAGGAAGGUGUGAAGCAUACAUUCAAGAACAGGGAGAAUAAAAAAUUUGCAGAUGAUUUCAAAGAAUGGUCAUAUGCCUUCAGAACUCUAAUGGCUAUGGUUUCAACACAGGCAACAGGUGUACCAAAUGGCAAUCAUGGCUUGUUCUUGAGGUUUGGCAUUGAUGCUGUGACCAUUGAAGGAUUUCCAAAGACUGAUAAAGGGAGUUCAUCAGAUUUCUACCAGAUGGGAAGGGUGCUGGAAGGAGUGUUUAGAAGUCUUAACAACUUGUUGGAGAGAUUUCAUCAGUCUUACUUUUUCUAUCUUCAACCAGCAACUGACCGCUAUAUUUCCAUAGGUAUGUAUAUGCCAUGUCUUGGCUUGUUAUGUGCUGGCCUAUUUAUUAAAGCUUUUGCCCUCUGGUUAAAAAUAUUUGAGGAGCAGAAGAAAGAGAGAGAUGAAAAUCGUAUUGAACAGUUUCCUGAUCAGUCAAAGUUGCAAGAAAUAUCACCAGAAUCUCAGAAACAAAGUACUGAUAAAUCUGAUGACAAGAUUUCUGAAACCACAGAUAGUGAAGUCACUGCAAAUAAGCAGAAUGAGGUGGACCAUGAAUUAAUUGUAAUUCCAGUAGGAGUUGUCUUCCUUGUUGCACAUGUCUUUGGCACUGCUGCCCUAUUUGCAGCAGACGCAUACAGUGUGGUAGGGAGAGAGCUUAUUGGGUUGUCAACAGAUCUGUCUGUUUUCGCAGGCUACUUAUGUUAUAGUCUUGUACUGUUACCUUUGCCUGCCUUUGACAGGGUUGUAGGCCAGCAGUUCAAGAGUUGCUCAUUACUGAAUAUUGCUGCUUUACUAGAGUUGGCCACAUUGUUACUUGCUGUUGGAAUGCACAACUUCUCACUGUCCUUCAUUUUAGCCACACUUUAUGUACCUGUGGCACUGUCUGUGAGUCCGACGAAAAAAGGGAGGCUGGUGAACAUCACUCAGAGAAUAAUGUGGUUGCUUCUGCAUCCACUUUCACUUCUCAUGCUCACUGUAUUCACAUUCUCUGCAUACAUCUUUCCAGAAGAGCCUUCAGAUAUGCUUGUGCUGAGGACAUUUGAAGCAAGUUGUGAAGCACUUCUGUUUGCUGUUGUUGAUAAUCUUAUAUAUGGCAACUGGUUAUUUAGUGUUGCUGUGGCUGCUCUGCUGCCUGUUUGGUUACUUUUCUGGGUAGUGUUGCAUACAAGUGCAAAUAUUGUUCAAGUAAAAUCUAAAGUGUGAAAUAAAUAAUAUCAGUAGUCAAAAUAAGGGUAAAGUGUACAGAGAGAUACAGAUUCAAACUACUAGAGCAACUGCCAUGAUCAAGAAUUAAAGAGAAACUGUGGAAAAAAAAUACAUUCCAUUACUUUAUA